CGCACACGUUCGGUUCAGUCCUUUCACUCGUGGGUCGGUCCGAUUCCAGGCGAAUUUCUCCCCAGCUCCUAGAUUUUUGGUCUAAAAACGCCAGAAAAACACUCCAAGAUGGGAUUUGGUAACAUCAAAUCAAAGGACGGUCAGAAGCAGCUGAAUGACUUCCUUGCAGACCGCAGUUACAUCGAAGGGUAUGUCCCCUCCCAGGCCGAUGUGGUGGUGUUUGAGGCCAUGUCAGGAGCGCCCUCUGCUGACCUGUGCCAUGCACUGCGCUGGUUCAACCACAUGUCAUCCUACAAGAAGCCGGAGAUGCAGAGCUGGCCUGGAGUGAAGCAGCCGCUCGGGAACUAUGGACCGAAGGGCGGGGCACCUGCUGCUGCCGGGGACGAUGAUGAUGAUGAUGACGACGAUGAUGAUAUCGAUCUGUUCGGGUCCGAUGAUGAGGCCGAAACUGCUGCAGCAGAAAAGCUGAAGGAAGAACGUCUGGCCGCCUACGCAGCCAAGAAAUCCAAAAAGCCCGCCCUCAUUGCCAAGUCCAUGAUCAUUCUGGAUGUGAAGCCGUGGGACGACGAGACGGACAUGACAGAAGUGGAGAAAUCUGUCCGCUCCAUCGCAACAGACGGUCUGGUGUGGGGAACAUCUAAGUUGGUUCCUCUGGCAUAUGGCAUCAAGAAGCUACAGAUCAGCUGUGUCGUGGAGGAUGAUAAGGUUGGGACAGAUUUCUUGGAAGAGAGCAUCACGGCCUUCGAAGACUAUGUCCAGUCGGUCGAUGUGGCUGCUUUCAACAAGAUAUAGUCUUCCUCUGCCCUCUCUGCACACUCGCAAUAGCUGAACAAUCAGCUGUCCCCUGCACCUAAUCUCCAAGCAGAUUCCUGGUGGCAUAAGGUGCUAUCAAAGCUACCCAAGAAGUAUAGCUGGCCAGAGGAGGUCAGCCAUCUACCGGUGCCCGUCUGACUCCUUUUGGCCGGCUUUACUCCUUGGCCAGCUGUGAUACUAUCUUACGGCACUGUAAGAUCUGCUUGGAGAUUUCCCUGUGCCAAUUUGAACUUGGCUUGAACAGCUUUAUGACCUUUGUUGAUCACCUAUCUAACCUACCUAGACCUUUGACACUUUAAAGCCAUUUGGGGCGAUAGGGUAGACAACCUACAACUUCGUCCUAGUCAAAAGAUCUACGAAGUCAGUGACCAAAUUUAAAUUAGAGUCUUUGGUCUGAAAGACUGAUACACAACUCUGGAAAAACUGAAAAACAUGUUGACAUGAUGAAAGUGAAGCUGUAACAGUCAUUUUAGGGAGGCCGCUGUGUACCAUCUUCAGCUAUGUCUGUUCCCAACCCUCUGUGCAAAAUAAAAUGAAAUAAAACUGAAAAAUGAA